CGGGCCGGCCGCGCUCCGCCGGGCCCCGGGCCGGCCGCGGGGCUGCUGCAGAUGGCGGAGAAGUUCUCCCGCGGCCAGUACGCGGGCAUCACCGAGUUCGUGGCGGACUUCAGGGCGAUGCUGGAGACGUGCUACCGCCUGCACGGCGUGGACCACUGGAUCUCCAGGCAGGGCCAGAAGCUGGAGAUGAUGCUGGAGCAGAAGCUGGCGCUGCUGUCCCGGAACUUGAGAGAAAAGACAACGAUAGCAGUUACAUCUAGAGGCUAUUAUGGAUUGGAGGAUGAGAAGGGAACUGCAUGUACUUCAACAAGGCGUCGGUCAACACCGAGAAGUUUGGCAGGCUUGACAAGUGGAGUUUUUGAAUCUAUAAUGGUUCAAGUUUUGAGACAGGAAGAACAGCUGAGAGCAAAAGAAGAAAAAAGGCUUCGGGAGCAGGAAAGAAAAGAAGCAGAAGAAGCUAGUCAGAAGGAAAUAGAAGAAUGGGAAAGAAAACUUCUAGCUCAAGCAGCUCCAACAUGUAUGGAGACCAUGUGGGAAAUUCCAGCCAUUGGGCAUUUUCUUUGUUUAGCCCAGCAAAUUCUGAAUUUGCCAGAAAUCGUCUUUUACGAAUUGGAACGUUGUCUUUUAAUGCCUCAGUGUAAUGCUUUUCUAUCAAAGAUAAUGACUUCUCUAUUGAGUCCUCCCCAUCGCAGAGCUACCUUACAUCGGAGACCUGCCUUGCCUUACAGGAGCUGGGAGGCAGCUCUGAGACAGAGAGUGCAGCAGUGGUACACUGCCGUCGGGCAGACAGAGAAUCCUGACGGCUGUGCUGAGAAGCUUGGCUUAUGUCCUCAGUUUUUUAAAGUUCUGGGAGAAGUUAACCCAUUGGAAGAAAAACCUUUCCACGAACUACCUUUCUACCAAAAAGUUUGGUUACUUAAGGGGCUUUGUGACUUUGUGUAUGAAACGCAAAAAGAAGUUCAAGAUGCUGUCCUUGGACAACCUAUCCAUGAAUGCAGGGAAGUUAUCCUUGGUUACGAUUAUUUGGAGAAUGCUUAUGUACAUUUCCCACAGUUCUGUGGUGCAGAUGUGCGGAUUUAUAAACAGAGACCCUUUCAAGCCCCUGAAUUUCCAGUUCCACCCAUCAAAAUACAAAGAGUACCUCGGAUUAAACUGGAAAAACUGAAGUGUGACUAUGUUAAUACAAGUAACGGAGAACAUAGGUGUUGUAGAGGCAGCGUGCCCUUUGCUUUCAAGAGAGACCAGGGAAUGAAUUUUGACCUAACUUGCUGCCCUGCUAAAAUGAGUUUAGAUAAUCAUGACAUCUCUGUUGAAAUGGAGGUAAAAUCCAACUGUGAAAUUAGAAUUCGCAGGUCCUGUGAAAUUAAAAAAGCAGACUGUUACAAAGAAAAUUUAGAAAAACCAGGGAGUCCAGGGGAAGUUGCUGGCUUUGGAGCGCCUCUCAGCCCUGGUGAAAUAAGGUUUCUAGAAAAUCAGGGAAAAUGUGAUGAAGCUUCCAGACUAAAGCCUGAGCCCAGUCCUUUUAAAGAAAAUGCUCUCAAAUCUUGCCAGAUACAUGUGAAUGGAAGUCAUGGUGAUUAUUCCGAAAUGAACUGCCACAGAGUUGUGAGGGAUAUUCUACUAGAAGAAUCACUGCAGAGCCACAAGAAACUCAAACUAACGAAAAUGCGGGCAAAAAAGAAGAAGAAGAAGAAAAAGAAAUUGAAAGAUGUUUUGAAUGAAAACUUACAGAGAAAGCGUGAAGGUCUUCAUUCUCUUGCAUUUAAAUCUUGCAAGCCUGAGAUCCAGAAUAAGUUACUGAUCAUUAAGAAGAAGGCGAAACACAAGAAGCACAAAUCUGGAAAAAAAUCCCUAUCUAAAAAAGCAAUUACAAAGAAGAGGAAAGCGGUCACAAAGGCGCCUCCUGUGCCAGAAUUCCAGCUUAUUUGCACUAAUCUUGAUGAACUCAGGGAAUUAAUCACAAAAAUCGAGAAUGAACUCAAAGAUCUGGAAAACAAUAGAAAAAAAUCGGGUCGGUGGUAUCAUCGGAGGCAAGCUGUAAAAGAACUACAUAGCACAUUGAUCCGCCUUUUAAAUGAGUUGUUGCCAUGGGAACCAAAGUUAAUGAAGGCUUUUCAAAGAAACAGGAGCCGUCUUAAGAGAGACUAUGAUGACUUCAGAAGACAGCCUGACCACGAUAAGUUCACCAGAGAACUGUGGGCCAGUGAGGAAGGUGAAAGUGACCCUGGAAAAGAUGCUCCUCAGGUAGAAGUUGGCAAGUCUGUAGACUUAGCAGAACCUCUGGACACCCCAGAGAAAGAUCAUCUUGAUUUAGAUGAUACGAAACUGUCUGAAGUAGACUUUUCUAUGGGCAGAAGCAAGCUGUUGAGAAAGGAAUUGCCUUCUAAAGAUGCUCUGAAGACACUGCCCAAAACACUGAAGCGACCAUCCAAACAAACCAGUUACCUGGAUGACAGCACAAAAGAGCUUUCCCCAAGGAAGAAAGCAAAGUUAAGCACAAAUGAAGUAGAAAUUCAGAAGUUAGAGGAUGAGGUGCAGACUGACUGUUUUAAUGAACCCAAGUGUGUAGAGCCGCUGCUUCCAGAGUCACUAGCCUCAGUGGAUUCAGCCCCAGUGUCUUCUCUCCAGAAAGGGACCAAACCGAUUCAGGCCUUGCUUGCAAAGAAUAUUGGGAACAAAGUGACCUUAACAAACCAGCUGCCUCUUUCCACCGGUAGAAGUACUCCUGCCGUGGACAAGCCAGUGCUCUCUCCUCCAGAAGCAAGCCCCACAAAACCAGCGUUGACCUGCCAGGCCAGUACAAAAGGCCCCUUACAGAUGGUAUACAAGAUGCCCAGUGGCCAGUGGUUGCCAGUCGAUCUUCAAAACAGCUCUGUAAAGAUUCAGAUGCAGCCUGUGGUGGAUCCUAAAACUGGAGAAAAAGUCAUGCAGCAGGUUCUCAUUCUCCCCAAGAAUUUUGUGAUUCAGCACAAGGAGGGAAAAGCUGUUGCAAAAGAAGCAUCUCCUUUUCAGCCAAAGGGUACUGAGCAGCUUUGUUCACCUGUCCCCCAGACAGCAAACGUAAACCCUUCCGUAGCGUCAGUUCUUGUCAACUCAACGGGAACCGUGUCUCCCCAACUACCUAGUACAGUGUUCAACAAGACAGUUGCACCUUUGACAAAUGUGAGUAGUGCUAGACCUCAGCCCCUGUCACCUCUAACCUCUGUAAGUAAUUUAUUAACACCGCAGGUGAAGACUAACCAGAGUGAGGCUGGAAAACCCAAGAAUGCACUUUCAGCAGCCACGUUCCCCCAGUCCAUAGCUUCACCCUCCAUUUCCUCAACAGUUCAGCCUCUCUUACAAGCCACGACACUGAGUGGACCUGCAAAUCCUGGAAGUUCCCUCAAUUGUUUUGCACAACCAGCCACUGACUCUUCUGAAACAAAGCAGGAACUGAAGACUGUGUGUAUAAGGGACUCCCAGUCAAUUCUUGUCAGGACCCGAGGUGGGAACACAGGGGUUGUAAAAGUACAGACCAAUCCAGAUCAGAACUCACCCAGCAGUUUAUCUGCAAGUUCAGUUUUCACUUUUGCUCCUCAGCUUCAGGCAUUUCUUGUGCCAAAAUCAGCAGCCUUGUCCUCCUCUACCUUUUCACCAGGAGCCGGCACCACUCCUACAUCUAGUCUCCCACCCUUUGGCCAGACCUCAACUUCGGUUUCCAUUCCAGCUGGCUUUAAUCCAAGUGUGGGAAAAAGCCUCAAACUUACGUUAGGCCAACCAUCUGGUAAUGGUAACCUGGGCCCCCUGGUAGACAAAUCACCGCCCUUGUCCUCUUCUCCUUUGAAGGCCCCUGCUGCCUCGAGCCCUCAACAGCCAUCAGCCACAAGUGGCUGCGUCAGUGGUGCCAGCGCAGCAACAGGGAACCCUGGGCAAAUGAGCACAAGUGUCAUUCAGACUCCAGCCAGACAGCAGCAGGUAGACCAGACCUCAAAAAGUGACCCUGUCAUACGUGCUGAGGCGGCAGCUGCUGCCAGUGCAGACCUGGUCAGUGGGGCUCCAGUUCAGAAGCUCAUGCUGAUGUCAGCUUCCCCGGUCCUCCCUCCCAGCAGCGGAAGUGCAAUCGCUGUGCCACCUGCACCCACAUCCACAGGGAUUUCUACCCAGAAGUUAGUUUUUAUUAAUACUCCAAUUCCCAGUGGCACUUCAACCCCAACCAUUGUUGCAGAAUCAUUAAAACAAACCCUCCCUCCCACUUUGAGUAAAACAUAUGUUAAGGCUCCAGAACACCCCCAAAUAGUGCUGAUUCCCUCGACCGUGGGAGGGCCAAUCAAACUAAACCCACCGCCAACCGUGUCUCAGAUAAAAGAUGUGAAAAUUGGACUGAACAUAGGCCAAGCAAUUGUCAACACUUCAGGCAGUAUGCCACCGGUGCCGUCGGUGAACAUACUGCAGAACGUCACCCAGCAAGGAGAAGAGAAGAGCAAGGGCUAUGGCCUGCCGCUGCCGUUGUCGCCGGGUGGGAGCUCACUUCCACGGAGCUCCAGCCUUGGGACUCAGGGUCUCGCCCCUGUCAACGAGGGCAUAGCUUCUACACCACGAGUGUUUGCAGUAACAGGACCAAAUGUACCCUUGGGCUCUCUCUCCGUGACCUCAGCUUGUGCUUCUGUUGGGACACGACCUCCUGUUCUGGUCGGGGGAAGUGAUACCUCUUCACGACUGAUGCCUGUUUUGUCAAAUAGACUCUGCACAUCGAAUCUCGGCAACACUGUGGCUAUCUCAACUGUGAGAACAGGACAUCUUGCAUCAUCUGUUCUGAUUUCAACUGCACAACCAGCAGUCUCUCCUCAAUGUUUAACGUCCGCUCUGCAGAUCCCUGUGACUCUUGCCUUGUCUGCACCUGUGACCGCGUCCCCUGCCGUAAUCAGCACAGUUCCACAUGUGCCAGCAGGCCCAGGAGCUUCACAGGCUGUGGCUCUCCCUAAAAGGCAGUCUCAGACUUCUGUCCACUUUCAGUCGCCAGGGAUUCCAACUCCAGUGCCAGCUCCCAGAAACACAAGCAAACCUCAAACCGAGUUGCCAGGCCUUUCACCCAGUCCAGGCAAAGUCAUUAAUAUUUCCAGUUUUGCUGCUAUGCCCAACCAACAGCCAUCUCCGGCUUCAGCGAAACCAGCCUCUGGUUACAGUUCUGCGCCCAGUGGCUCCGCCCUUCAGACUGCGACAGCCCCGUCACCUCUGUCCAGUAUGGCAGGCACUCAGCUCAGUGAACCUUGUGUUCAGCAAAAAAUUGUCAUCAACACCAGUACACCUUUGGCCCCCGGUACUCAAAUCAUGAUUAAUGGGGCUCGGUUCAUUGUUCCCCCACAGGGCCUGGGGGCUGGCAGCCAUGUCCUGUUAAUAUCUGCUAAUUCAAAGUACAGCCCUCCCUUAGUUCUGAACAGUGGCCAGGGCAUCCCGCCCACUCCCGUCGACAUCCCUGCCCCAAAGAUCACACUGGCGUCAGAUCAUUCUUCAAGCAGCCAGGCUGCAAAGCAGCCGCUACAAAGUUCUACAAAAAGCGUCGGCUCUCUUGGGAGUGCAGGUUCACCACCCCCAGUACAGACAACACCACAGGUGGUGAGCACAACCGUACAAGGGCCAAUCACCUCGCCGGCACCCGUGGUGUCCUCGACGUCUGUAAUCAAAUCUCCUCCAGCUGCUCUGGUGGCUAAAACAUCUCUGGUCUCUGCCAUUUGUUCUAGUAACCCUCCACUGCCAAGGAAUACUUCAGGGUUUCACUUGGACACACCCGUCAAAAAACUGCUGGUCAGCCCAGAAGGAGCGAUUUUAAAUACCAUCAAUAUUCCAGCCUCAAAGGUGUCUUCACUCUCUCCAUCUCUCUCUCAAAUUGUUGUCUCUGCCAGUCGGGACCCCACCUCUGUCUUCCCUGCAUUUCAGUCAUCUGGUUUAGAGAAACCAGACACUGCUGCAUCUUGA